CCGAUGGACGGCGAGGCCUGCGAGAUCGCGCGGCUGCCGGAGGAGCUCCUCUCGGCGGCGCUGGCCCGCACCUCCACGCGCGACGCCUGCCGCGCCGCCGCGGCCUCCCCGGCCUUCCGCGCCGCGGCCGACUCCGACGCCGUCUGGGCCUGCUUCCUGCCCCGCGACCUCCCGCCGCUCGCCGACGGGGAGCUGCCCGACGCGCCGCGCAAGAAGGACCUCUUCCUCCGCCUCUCUGACGGCCCCGUCCUCCUCCCGGACAGGCGCGUGAGCAUGUGGCUGGACAGGGAGACCGGCGCCAAGUGCUACAUGCUGUCCGCGAGGGGCCUCACCAUCAUAUGGGGCGACACGCCGCAGUACUGGAGCUGGAUCCCUCUCCCAGACUCGAGGUUCUCUGAAGGCGCCCAACUGCGGAACGUUUGCUGGCUCGAAAUCCGUGGAAAGAUACAGAGCAAGAUGCUGACGGAAGACACUAUUUAUGCUGCUUACAUAGUGUUCAAGCUGAAAGAACGUUCCAGUGGUCUGGAUAAUCCGGCCCAGGAGGCAACGGUUAGUCUCGGAGAAACCAGCUUAACCCGCAAGGUGUGCUUCCAUGGCUACGAUGACGAUGGUGAGGCUGGUGGAGUGCCCGAGAACUACCGGCCGAUGAAUUUACUCCCACAGCAAAGGAUCAGGAGAAGGAACGGCCGUCCAGUUCCUCAUGGAGAGAAUGUGGGGCAGCCUCAGAAGAGAGCCGACGGCUGGAUGGAGCUGGAGCUGGGCGAGUUCUUCAACGAGGGGGGUGAUGACGGCGAGGUGUCCUUCAGCCUGCUGGAGGUUAAAGGUGGGCACUGGAAGAGCGGGCUCAUUGUGCAGGGCAUCGAGAUCAGACGCAAGGCAUCGGGCUGAGGAUCGUGCUUCUAGGAUGAUCAAAC